CCUAAUCUAGUGUCUACUUCUAAUCAGAUUGGAUUAUUUUAUACAUGCUAAUGUUGUUCUUUUUUUUUUAUACAACACACUUUUUUCAGCGUUAUGAAAGAAUGUGAACAAAUGAGGGCACAGUUUUGUGUAAACUUUCACUGAUUGAUUUAUUCAUCUUCUACUAAAUGUUGAUUAAACAUUCAUACCCAAUUCAAACUCAUUCUCAAGUAUUCAGACUUAUAUAUAAGUAUCCAUACUCCUUAGUGUAUACACAUGGGUUUUUUGUGACUGAAAUCUUCAUUGUAUUGUAUUUUUUGAGACAGUAGAUGAAAAAUUAGAAAAUACACGAAUUAAAGAAAGGCGGUGUUUCUGCUAGAGGUAAACACUGAAAGUAAACUAUUGGAUAUUGAGCGUGUUGAACAUUGAAUAUCUCGGACAUUGAACAUUGAGCAACAAAAGAUACAUUUCUUAAGCGAAACUCUUUCACUUCUAUACACCGGUUAACUUUCAAACUAUUAUUUUUCCAAGACAAUAAAAAUGAAUAAAAAGAAUUCAUCGAAAAUAUCAUAUGGACGAAGAAAUUCUCGGAAAGAAUAUACAGAAGAACAAAUAAUGGAUCUGAAAAUGGAACUUCGUCAGUUAGCUCAACGUUUUCUUACUCCAUUACCGGAUGAACCUGAUUUUGCUACUUGUGAUGAAACACUGACAAGAUUCCUUGUGGCAAGAAAUUAUGUAGUCCAAGAUGCUUUCAAACAAUUGACGACUGCUGUAGAAUGGCGCCGAGAGUUCAAACCAUUAACUACUCAGUGUAAAUGGUGUCAUGAAACACCAGGAUUUCAUUCCAUUCGACAAGUUGGAUUCGAUCUUGAAGGUCGACCAGUUAUGUAUGCAUCUUUUGUACAGUGUCAAACACUUAAAAAUAAUGCUGACGACGUUAUUUAUCAUAUGGUGUAUCUAAUUGAAAACGCAAGAAGAAGUGUUAAAAGUUCAAUGAAAACGCUGAUAUUCAUUGUUGACUGUACAGGAUUAACUAUAGCUUGUUGUAACCCAAAAAUUGGUAGCAAAUUUAUACAAACGUUUGCUGACUGCUAUCCAGAAACCCUGUGCAAAUUUAUUCUAAUCAAUCAUAAUCCAUUUUUCCAUGGAAUAUGGAAAGCGAUCAGGGUGUUUAUUGAUCCGAAUACAGUGAAAAAAGUUAAAUUAAUUAAAAAGGAGAAAAUUCAAAAGACCUUUGAUGAAAUGUUCGAUAAAGAGACUGUGACUUGGUUAAUGGAAGAACUACAAUUGAACAGACGUGAAAUUAAUGAAAAUCAACUAAGAUUUUGGGAAUUACCUAAAGCUGUACAACAGGCUAACUCUUGCCAACUGCAUGAUCCACGUGGUACACCACAAUACAUUCAAAAUUUUAUUGAACCAUUGGAAAAGCUUACGAAAGAACAAAAUAAUCAGAAAUCAGAAAUAAUUUUAAGCUAUGAUAAUUUAGGCUUAAAAACACAUUUGCCACAUCCAAAUGUAAUGGAUAUUUUAAAUAAGUGUUUAAAACAAACCAAAAUUACAGCAUUACACAGUGGAAAGUGUAAUAAACUGGAUAAAGAAGAAUUAAAGGUUUAUGGCAUUAAUUCUAUUGAAAAUGUUUCAGAAAUCAGUGAAGAUGGUUCAGAGGAGUAAAUGUUUUCUCAAACUAUUUCAUAUUGAACAUUGAACCUGAUAACUGUCACCAACACUAUCUCCUCUUCAAAGUGCUUAUUAUUUAACCAUGGAUUAAUCACAAGUUUUGUUAAUAAACUCUAUAUAAUUAUAAUUAUUAUUGGAUAAUUUGUAAAUUUCUAACACUCAAAAUCAAUAUUUUUUAUCGGAUAGC